AUUAUUCUGGCUUGGUUCUUGCCUCUGUUUGGGUACUCCGGCGAAUCGUCUGAGUUGGGGACUGGUCCUCCUCCUCCUCCCGAUGGGGGGCUGGAACCGGUCGCGGCAUGUGAGAUGGCAGCGUGACCGCCCGCGGCGCCCUCCGCUCCCUCCGCCUGAUUACGGACCGGAGCACUGCUCAGUCCCAUUAUGGGAAAGGGAAUUCUGCAGCUACGUCGGCAACAUUUCUUGGCAAAGGUUCUGUGAAAACAAGCGGUAUGCUUCAGUAGACAAUACCCUCGAGCACUGGGACGAUUCAGGAGCUCUUGAGAAUUUCCAGAACUCAAAGGCGAGGUUCUGGGCUCACUACCAUGGCCAACCUUCGGAUAUUCCUUUGCCGGACCCUGAUAUGUACAUCGACAAGGUCGACCACCGCUGCAGAGUCGACCCUGAGCUGGUAGCUGAUCUGGAUAAGGUACGGGUACCAUUUGAAACGGAUUACAGUUCUGGCCUGGCUACUGGAUCGACCGAUGCCGGGGCGGAUAACAAGCGCGCCCAGAACCAGUGCGGGAACUGGGAUAUCUAUGUGGAAAAACCAUCUGAAGUCAACAGGUGGGAAUGGGAGGCUAGUUCAAAACCCGACUUGAGCUGGGGAGCGAAGAAUGAAACUUCGGGUGUAUGGGGUAAUGGCAACUCAGGUUGGGGUGAUGCUCUGGAGAAACCCAACUGGCGUGGCUCGAGCAACGACCAUUACUCGUCGAACAAUAGAAACAGCGGCUUUUUUGGUGGAUCCAGCAAUAGGCACCAGCAGGAGGAUCCAACCCAUGCAUCUGGAAGGAAACGGAACAGCGGGGAGUACUCACAGCAGUGGAACAGCAAGCAUAGGAGACAGGAUGGGCGGUAUCAAAUUAGCAGUUGCCGGGGACGAAAUGACGAAUGGCGUCCAUGGCACUAGAUGACUUGCAGAUAAAUGGUUACCAGGGGAAAAAUGGCUCUUGGUUUUGUGGCAGAAGCGUGAAGGUCUUAUUCCGUUCAGCGGGGAUUGGACCGGAUUGAGAGGGGAUUUUGUCCUAAAAUCCACCUCAACCCUCUUCAACCUCUUCCAAUCCGCUUGGAUCGCUGGUUAACCGAACAAGACCGGAAGAAAUUUUGGUGAAAGACGAGUAGGUUGUAGCUUUUGUUUUCUCUUGGUUGUAAUGGAGGAGCAUGACUGCUAUCUUGCUACCGUUUCAGUGCAAAGAAAUGUUCUCCA